ACCUCCCAACCCAAAAGUAUAUCAAAUAUCUAACAAAACCAACCCAAGUCUGCAACCCAACAACACACGCCCCUCCGAGCUCUCCUCCUCCACCGCCAUCAUGGAGUCCUCCCAUGGCCCUCCGCGGGUCAAAAACAAGGCCCCCGCGCCUCAACAAAUCUCCGCCGAACAGCUUCUGCGCGAGGCCGUCGACCGACAGGAGCCUGGCCUUCAAGCGCCUACGCAGCGCUUCGCAGAUCUAGAGGAGCUUCAUGAGUUUCAGGGUCGGAAAAGGAAAGAGUUUGAGGACUAUGUGCAACGGAACCGGAUUAAUAUGAACAAUUGGAUGCGCUAUGCACAAUGGGAACUGGAGCAAAAAGAAUUCAAGCGCGCGAGGAGUAUCUUCGAGAGAGCGCUGGAUGUGGACUCGACGAGCGUUACGCUGUGGAUACGAUAUAUUGAGGCGGAGAUGAAGACGAGGAAUAUCAACCAUGCGAGGAAUUUGCUGGACAGAGCAGUGACGAUUCUACCCCGCGUGGAUAAGCUGUGGUACAAAUAUGCCUAUAUGGAGGAGAUGCUAGGAAAUAUCCCCGGAACAAGACAAGUGUUUGAGCGCUGGAUGAGCUGGGAGCCAGAUGAGGCGGCGUGGAGCAGCUACAUUAAGCUUGAGAAACGAUAUGGGGAAUACCAGCGAGCCCGAGAUAUCUUUGCGCGCUUCACGACAGUACACCCGGAGCCAAGAAACUGGAUUAAGUGGACACGCUUCGAGGAGGAAUAUGGAACGAGCGAUCUGGUGCGCGAGGUGUUCGGUAUGGCUGUUGAAGCUCUGGGAGAAGACUUUAUGGACGAGCGACUCUUCAUCGCAUACGCACGUUACGAAGCCAAACUCAAGGAAUACGAGCGCGCCCGCGCCAUCUACAAAUACUCCUUAGAUCGUCUCCCAAGAUCGAAAUCUUUAGCCCUACACAAGUCAUACACGACUUUCGAGAAGCAAUUCGGUGACCGCGAGGGUGUGGAGGACGUCAUAUUAUCGAAACGCCGGGUGCAGUAUGAAGAACAACUCAAAGAGAACUCGAAGAACUAUGAUACCUGGAUCGAUUACGCACGCUUGGAAGAGACAUCGGGUGACCUGGACAGGGUGCGCGACGUAUACGAACGUGCGAUUGCGCAACUACCGCCGAGUCAGGAAAAGAGGCAUUGGAGGCGAUACAUUUAUCUGUGGAUCUUCUAUGCCAUCUGGGAAGAGAUGGAAGCUGGUGAUGUAUCUCGGGCGCGCCAGGUGUACGCCGAAUGCAUGCGCCUAGUUCCGCAUAAGAAGUUCACAUUCGCCAAGAUCUGGCUCCUUGCAGCGAUGUUUGAAGUCCGCCAAAAGGAUCUGGGGAAGGCUAGGAAGAUGCUGGGGCAGGCAAUUGGGAUGUGCCCGAAAGACAAAUUGUUCACUGGGUAUGUCGCUCUGGAACUCAAGCUGUUCGAGUUUGCGCGAUGCAGGACGCUGUAUCAGAAGGCGCUCAUGUUCAACCCUGCGAACUCAUCAGCUUGGAUAAGGUUUGCAGAGUUGGAGCGCGGACUGGAUGAUCUGGAGAGGGCACGGGCCGUGUAUGAGCUGGCUAUUAACCAACAAAUGCUUGAUAUGCCAGAACUGGUGUGGAAGAGCUAUAUCGACUUUGAGGAGGAGGAGGGAGAGUACGAGCGCACAAGGAGUCUGUACGAAAGGUUAUUAGAGAAGACAGGACACGUGAAGGUCUGGAUCUCAUAUGCGCACUUUGAGAUCAAUAUUCCCGACGAGGAAGAGGAAGGAGAAGAAGAAGAAAGGCCGAUUAGCGAUGCUGCGAAGGACAGAGCGAGGAAGGUAUUUGAGCGUGCACACAAGAGUAUGAAAGAACGGGAUUUGAAGGAGGAGAGGGCGGCACUGCUGGCGGCGCACCUAAGCUUUGAGAUGACUCAUGGCGACGAGGCGAGCCAGGAGGGGCUGACGAAGAAGCAGCCAAGGAAGACGAAGAGGAGGAGAAAGAUGGACGAUGAUACCUAUGAGGAGUAUGUGGAUUACGUGUUCCCGGACGAGGAAGAGGGGAAGAAGAGACUUGGUGGGCUUAUGGAAGCUGCAAGGCUGUGGAAGGAGAAGGGCGGGGGCGUGUAAGAAUGGCGGUGCUGGUAUCUACAAAGAUCGUACUAAUGAAAUCGAAGUUUGGACAUCAAAAGAUUUGUGGU